CUGUUAGCACACGGGGAGGCUCGGUUUGCACGCCUGAGUUGCUGUCACACCUUUUGCCUACAGUGCCUGUUGCCACCUUACUCACCAGCUGGCUCAGACCUGCUUGCAAAGUAACAGUGCAGCUAAGUCCCUCUCGCAGUGCCUGUGAUAAAAGGGUACUGUGCAUCUUCUUCUGUUGAGGGGCUCUGGCCUGAAUGUGAAGAAACAGGAGGAACUCGACGAGAUUUUAAACAAAACUGAAUUGACGCUGUGGCAGGCUCGCUUUUCCCUGCCUGUCAUGCAUGCACGAGAGCCUGCCUUCUCCCUUGUGCUGGAUGAGCUGCUGUGGGGAGCUCAAGUGAUCAGCAAUAAGCAAAAUCAGCGUGAAGUAUUUGCCACGUCGUGACUGAAGGUAUGUGAAGAAAAGCUACAGGGAGAUCAACUCCGCAGCGUAUCUUCCCCGUUUGUUAGCAGCCUACCAUCACACUGCUUUGGGAGGAUCUUUGUUACGCGUUCUGAAGAACAGAUAACGUUGUCACAAGUACAUAAUUGUGUCACCUAAAACUUCAUACCAGCUGUAAAGUAGAUGGCUCAGCUUCCCCCUGGGUUCCGCUUCAUCACUUCAUUUUCACGAGAUCAGUGGUACAGAGCCUUCAUUUUCUCUCUCACUUUCUUGUUGUACACCAGCUUCCAUUUAUCAAGGAAACCUAUUAGUAUAGUUAAGGGAGAGCUGCAUAAGCAUUGUGCUGCUUCACAUGAAGUUGAACUCAACUCCUACAAAGAAUAUGCUGCCCAGAUUCAGCCUGUCAAAAAAACAUCUAAUGUAUCUCAGUGCGGUUGGGCACCAUUUGAUAAGAACAACUACAAACAGUUACUGGGAGCAUUGGAUUACUCAUUUCUGUGUGCGUAUGCAAUUGGGAUGUAUUUAAGUGGAAUAAUAGGAGAACGGCUGCCUAUCCGGUACUAUCUGACUGUUGGGAUGCUUGCUAGCGGACUCUUCACUGCAAUGUUUGGAUUUGGUUAUUUCUAUAACAUACAUAAUCUGUGGUUUUACAUAAUGGCCCAGAUAGCUAAUGGGUUGGUGCAAACUACUGGCUGGCCGAGUGUCGUUACAUGUAUUGGCAACUGGUUUGGAAAAGGAAGGAGGGGUUUGAUCAUGGGAAUCUGGAAUUCGCACACUUCAGUGGGAAAUAUCUUGGGAUCCUUAAUUGCUGCUUAUUGGGUGUCUACGUGUUGGGGUCUCUCCUUCGUGAUGCCUGGUGUUAUCAUUGCUGUGAUGGGAAUUGUUUGUUUCCUGUUUCUUAUUGAACAUCCUAAAGAUGUAAGUUGCUCCUGCACACCAUCCAGUAGUUCUAAAAACGCCUUGAAUGGUGCGUGUCGAUUCAGAGUCCAGAUGCCAACCUUAAAUGCUAAGGAAACCAGCAAACCUCAGGAUCCAGAGAUGCAGCACUUACUUAUUGACAGUGAAAACUGCAGUGUGUCACUGAACUCCAGCCCUGCGGCCACUGAGGAAGGUAGACACGGGACAUCAGCUAUCAGCUUCCUUGGGGCCUUGCGAAUACCUGGAGUCAUAGAGUUCUCCCUUUGUCUUCUGUUUGCGAAACUGGUGAGCUAUACUUUCCUCUUCUGGCUUCCCCUCUAUAUCACAAAUGUAGAACAUCUUGAUGCCAAAAGAGCUGGGGACCUUUCUACACUGUUUGACGUGGGUGGAAUCUUUGGUGGAAUUUUGGCAGGCCUGAUUUCAGACAGGCUGGAGAAGAGGGCAUCAACCUGUGGCAUGAUGUUGUUGCUUGCAGCACCCACAUUGUACAUGUUCUCUGCAGUCAGUAAAAUGGGCCUUGAGGCUACUGUAGUGAUGCUGCUGAUCAGUGGUGCCCUGGUGAAUGGCCCUUACGCGCUGAUCACCACUGCUGUCUCUGCCGACUUGGGUACCCAUAAAAGCCUGAAAGGAAAUGCAAGAGCCUUGUCCACAGUGACGGCGAUCAUCGAUGGAACAGGAUCUGUAGGUGCAGCUUUGGGGCCUCUCUUAGCUGGUCUUAUUUCCCCAUCUGGUUGGAACAACGUGUUUUACAUGCUCAUAGUGGCAGAUGCAUGUGCCUUGCUAUUCUUACUCCGACUUAUUCAGAAGGAACUUCGGUGUAGCGCACAUCGUACCCUGUUUAAAGAACACUGAGCUAAGAGGCCGGAUUUGGAAUAAGGACUGCAUAGCUGAUCAGAGCUCUUCCCUGAAAAAAAAAACGUCAUGGAAUACAUUAUUCUAUAUUUAAGAGAAUCUGUUUGGUGAAGAACUUUGCACAUUUACUGGAAGCAAUGUGAGAAACGCAACUGGUAAAUCCCUGAAGCUCUUAUUUUUGCACAUGAAUAAGUACCUCAGGAUGGCAACUAUUCAUCAGAUGAAGAGACAGGAACUGUGGGAAGGUUUUAGCAGCGCGCCUCAACUGAGCCAAAGAGAAAUACCAAGUGCCUUUUUAUUUCUUUUGAUAGGAUGUUUUUAAUUAAAAUGCCGAACUGUGUGUUUUCCAAAACCAAGUCAAAACUAGAGCAGAAGGAAGUUGAAAUAAUAAGAGACAGUCUAGCAGUGAAAUGUCCCAGUGUCAGUGAGCACAGUACGUAUCCCUUAUGUCAUCUUGCGCACAUGGAGGGCAUCGCUUUAUAGAGGACAAAACCAGCUGUUUAUUCAGAUGCACUGCUAUUAGUAUUUGGAAGCUGCUCAAACAAUAAUAACCUCACCAUAUUAUUAGUUUUUAACUACCGCACUACUUCUAAUCCCAAGGACAACAUCCAGCCUUUUGGUAGGUAAUGAAAUGGAAUUUACUGUUGCGGUGUACUACAGUUAGCGGUUUUCACAGACUCUCUGGAUGAAUAUUAGUCCUCAGUGAGGAUGGUGCAAAGAAAAGUGUCCUAGGCAACAAAAAGUAGAUUGAGUCAGAAUUUCCAGUGGGGCGGCUCAAGUGAUUUUUAGGGCAUUAAAACUGGUCGGGCAAACGUCACGUUAGUGUUGUGCUGCUCCUCUAGGCUGGGUGGAAAGGAGAGGUUGUUCCUUUGGGGUUGGUAGAGAGCUGUGAGCUGUCGUACUUGAGCACUACAGGAUUGAACUGAUGAGCUGCUUUAGCACCCACUGCCACAGUCGUCUCUGUUGGAUGCACCCUGGUUUCAGUGCUGGCGUGUGCAUGUGGAAGUCAUGGUCAGAUCAGGGCCUUAAUAACCAGAAGUCUUUCAAGUGGCUAAUUCAACUGGCAGUGAAUUUCAGAUUCCGAGCCAAAAUAUGUUUAUAUCGGAGAAGAAAAAUGAUCUAGGUGGUAGGUUGUAAGAGAACAUUUCAGUAACUAUUGUUACCUAGCAAAUAGACAGUUUAAUGUCUUCAAAACAUAUCGUUUCUUUGUACAGCUGUCUCCUUUGCAAAACAGAUGUUUCUGUGAUACCUUUUUUUUCAAAGAUGUACAAAGUAAAAAGGAAAAUUUUUUGUAUGAGGUGUUUAUACUUAGAUCAUAAAGGCUAGAUAAUUUAAACUGUGUAUUAUUCUUAAAUGUAUUUAUUAAAGCUCUAGGCAUAUGUCUUGUUCUGAACUGUUCUCCCAAGUUUUGUGAAACAAUGCAGUAGUCUUUACACUUGAUUAACAAAACAGCACUCUUUAAAAUAGUCCUGCAAAACAUGGAGAAAUGUUCUCCAUCCGCUGCUGGUGUUGUCCAUGUGUUGGCACAACACUUCAUUUCUGGGACUGUUUUGUAAUUCUUCAGUCUUUGAUCAGUUAUUUUACUGAUGUGAUUCAGCACGUGCUUUAUGCUUGACUUGAACAGCAGAAGAAUGUGUUCAUUUUUAACUGUUUUGCUGAACAGAAAAACAGGGAAGACCUCAGUCCCACAAAGACAUAAGGAGAGUACCAAAGUCCUUGCAAGUGAAUGCUCCAUGUAGACCCUGGCCCUGCAGUUACCCAGAUGAAUGGUCACCUUCACGUAUUUUGAGUAAACCUGUUGAGAUCAGUGAGGAUACUCAACAUGUGCGUUUGUAAAUCCGUGCUGUGUUCAGACUUUGGGCUGUAGUUAAAUGUGACAGAAUUCUGCAGCAGUGUUACUUGAAAGGACUUCCAUCCUGGUGGCAGAACAUGCCCCUCGCGCGGCCAGGCUGGCACUGGGGGACGGCUCACCAGACCCAGGGAACUGUCUAGCCUCUGGGGGGAAAAAUAACAUUACAACAUUACAACAAAACAGCCCUACUGGUACAACUUCAAUGGCUGUGUGAGGAGGGAGGGAUGGAGGACUUCUUUAGCUGAAGAUGUCAGUCCCUUCCCUGCAAAAAGGUAUGUAGAGCUACAUACUGGUUUAUGGAAAAAAAAUUAAACUCUGCUGCACGCACAUUUUGAGAGGCCGUUCCCUGUGGGCUGAAGUCUUAGGUUAAAAUGCUUUCAGCUGUAUUUUACAGUUACAGGUUGUAAAGAUGUUUAACUGUGUUCUGGAUUUGACAUGUUUUUCUUGUUGGGACUGCUGCUGUUAUUUAUUUAUUUAUUUGAAUAGCUUUUGCACUGCAGGGACUCGAGUGUGGGAUGAGGACAAUGUUGGAAGUGCUGGGCCGAGUCCUUCCUUCCAUCAGUUGCAGGAGGGAGGUAGGACUCGUAGUGUGUCGAUGUCUCCUUCCUUGCUAAUGUGCAGCAUUUCUGUUCCUCCCAACUACGAAUUUGUCAGACAAAAAGAUAGAGGUUUGCUUUUCUUUCUGAACAACCCUCAAGAUCUCCCAAGUUGCGAAUAAACUGUGUGUUUUGUUAGUAUUGGGUGUCAAUAUCUAUUAAUCUGGAAAUUAGCAAGACUUGAUAAAAUUUUGUAUGUAGAAAUGUGAGUGGCCAGUAGGUAGAGCCAAAUUUAAAUAUGACUGCAGGGUUGGUUUGUUGUUUUUAAUGCUGGUUAUUGUGAAUUUUAUUCGUUUACCAUCCUGUGUUGAAUAAAAAUAGAUUCUUCUUUAAAACGAGAAA